UAUCCUCAUUCAUGUGUUUGGAAUACAUUUACUCCACUUCUACCCACAAGGCAGUUCAUCGCUCUCUUUCCCGUCACCGCCAUCAUGGGUAUUUCACGUGAUCACUGGCAUAAGCGAAGAAAAACUGGUGGCAAGCAGAAGGCCAUCAGAAAGAAGAGAAAGUUUGAACUUGGACGACCAGCAGCAAACACCAAGCUUGGUCCUAGGCGUAUACAUUUGGUGAGAGCCCGCGGUGGCAACAUGAAAUAUCGAGCUCUGCGUGUGGAUCAAGGCAACUUUUCAUGGGGAUCAGAAUCAACGACCCGCAAGACGCGUAUUAUUGAUGUUGUGUACAACGCCAGUAACAAUGAGUUAGUGAGAACCAAGACAGUUGUUAAAAAUUGUAUUGUACAAAUAGAUUCCACACCCUUCAGACAGUGGUAUGAAGCCCAUUAUACUACACCCUUGGCAAGGAAAAAGGGAGCCAAACUGACUGAACAAGAGGAAGAAGUUCUCCACAAAAAACAUUCUAAGAAAACUCAGAAAAAAUAUGAUGAAAGAAAAAAGAAUAGUGCUGUUAGCCAGAUACUGACAGAUCAGUUUGCUACUGGACGUUUAUUGGCAUGCAUUUCAUCAAGGCCGGGUCAGUGUGGCCGUGCUGAUGGGUACAUACUUGAAGGCAAAGAAUUGGAGUUCUAUUUAAGGAAGAUCAAAGCAAAGAAGGGCAAAUAAAUCUUGGUUUUUUCACUUUCAAAUAUAGAGCUUAUUGUAUUAAAGUGAUCUGACUGAAA